AUGAUAGAGAGACCUCCAGCUUUCGUUAAUGACGUAGGAGGAAACACGGCCAGGACGGGCAAGCAGGAGGCUUUGCUCAUAACGGGGCAGGCAAAUGCGUGCAUAGCGUUGCAUAGCUUUGUAAAGGGUUUGUGUGUGUCGUAAGGGCGUGAGCGAGGCUAGCUACCCCGUUUGCGUUAUCUGCGGAGCGAAGGUCGGCGAUAAGAGGAGGCAGCAGGGCGGCGCCGGCCGCAGCGAGCUCACUCGCAACCCGCAGCGCCAACUGCCGAAGGGACACCGCCAACGCUCCAACAGCAACACCGCAACCGACGCCCCGACCGCUACGAUGGCUUCCCUUUACAGCAACGACCGCCUCAUGGCUCUGGUCCGCGCCGGCGACGCAGAAGGGCUGCGGGCCGCCCUCGCCGCCCUCGCCGCCGACGCCCGCGCCGACUUCCUCCGUGACAACACCGCCCUUCACUUCGCUGCCAGGAACGGACACCUUUCUGUCGUCCAAUUCCUGGCGGAGAAGGGCGGCGACCUCAACGCCAGAGACCGUGAUGACAACACCGCCCUUCACUUCGCUGCCAGGAACGGACACCUUUCUGUCGUCCAAUUCCUGGCGGAGAACGGCGGCGACCUCAACGCCAGAGACUGUGGUGGGUCAACACCGAUGCAUUGGGCAGGUCGGAGUGGACAUUGGAGGACACUGGAAGCUCUCGCGGCGAGCGGGGCCGACGUGGACCCCGUCUGCAAUAAGGGCAACACGCCUCUCCACGACGCAGCUUUAAAUGGGAAGCUUCUGGCGGUGGGCGCCCUGAUUGGCCUCGGGGCGUCCACCAGCAAGAAGAAUAAGGACGGCAAGACUCCACAGGACCUGUUGGGGACAACUUCCGCUGACAGAGUCUUCUUAAUGGCGAAGGAAAGUGCUGCGGCGGAGAAGGAGAGGAGGAAGAUGCAGGAGAAAGAGAUGCAGAAGAAGUACGACUCGAAAGCGGCGGAGGCGGCCACCCUGCAGAAGAAGUACGACUCGAAAGCGGCGGAGGCGGCCAACCUGCAGAAGGAGUACGACUCGAAAGCGGCGGAGGCGGCCAACCUGCAGAGGAAGUACGACUCGAAAGCGGCGGAGGCGGCCAACCUGCAGAAGGAAAACGGAGACAUCAAAGAGAAACUGAAGGAAAAGGAAGCAGAAAUCAAACAAGUAGAGACCGAGUGCGAGGCCAAGAUGCGGGACACGAACACAGCCUACAACGCCAAGGAGGACGAGGCAUACGACCUGAAGAGGGAGAAGGGAGACCUGAUGCUAGAGAUAGGGAGAAAGGAAGAGGAGAUAAAAAAGCUAGAGGGCCAGGUGAAGAAGGCGCGAAGGGACCGGCAAAGGGGCGAGAGAGAGGCCGGGGCGAGAGGGAAGGCUUCAAUGCGCAAAUCGCAGGCCUUGAGGAACGCAUUGCAACUCUCCAGUCUCAUCUGGAAGAAGAAUCGCGCAAGAAUCUAGCGCUGACGACGCAGAUCGCAGAGAAGGAGAGCGAGCUCACGCAAGCCGAGGCAGAUCACGAGAAAAGGGUGAAGAACCU